UUCACUAAAUGUCAAUGGUGUCUGUGUAAAAAGCUAUAAAUUCUAAGGAAAUUUCCUUCAGAAAAACCAACUACAAUUAUGGAGCAAUUCUUCCUUGCACUCCUCUUGCUCUUCGUCUCUUUCGUAACUCUCUCUUUGUCCCUCAUCUUCUACACCCACAACUCUAAGUACUCUCACCCAAAUCUUCCGCCAGGGAAGAUCGGCCUUCCAUUCAUUGGCGAAACCCUCCACUUCUUAUCCACCGGCAGGAAAGGCCACCCGGAAAAAUUCAUUUUCGACCGCAGAAGAAAAUACUCUUCCCACGUUUUCAAAACCAACCUCUUUGCUGAACCCGUCGCCGUAUUCUGCGGCGCUGCAUCCCACAAAUUCUUGUUCUCCAAUGAAAAUAAGUAUGUCACUUCCUGGUGGCCUGAUUCCGUUUACAAAAUCUUCCCGUCUUCCUCUCAAACCUCCUCCAAAGAUGAAGCAAAAAAGAUGCGCUUUAAAAUCCUUCCACAAUUCUUAAAACCGGAAGCCUUGGAGAGAUAUAUUAGUAUUAUGGAUCACAUAGCUCAAAGACACUUCGCUGAUGAUUGGGAAAAUAAAAAUGAAGUAUUUGUCUUUUCUUUGACGAAAAGAUACACUUUUUGGUUAGCUUGUCGUUUGUUUUUAAGCAUUGAUGAUCCUCACCUUGUCGCAAAAUUAGCUGGGCCUUUUCAUUGUGUGGCUUCCGGAGUCAUUUCUAUGCCCAUUAAUUUACCUGGAACCAAGUUCAACCGCGCCAUAAAGGCGGCGAAUUUUGUCAGGGAGGAGGUUGUAAAGAUCAUCAGACGAAGGAAAAUCGAUCUUGCAGAGGGAAAGGCAUCACCGAUACAAGAUAUAUUGUCACAUAUGUUGUUGGCAAGUGAUGAGAAUGGAGAAUUCAUGGGUGAAAUGGAUAUUGCUGAUAAGAUUAUAGGAUUAUUAGUGGGUGGACAUGAUACUGCAAGUGCUACUUGUACUUUCAUUGUUAAGUUUCUUGCUGAGUUCCCUCAUAUUUAUCACAAAGUUUACAAGGAACAAAUGAAGAUUACAGAGUCAAAAUGUGGAAAUAAAUUGUUGAACUGGGAUGACAUCCAAAAGAUGAAAUAUUCAUGGAAUGUGGCUUGCGAAGUGAUGAGACUGGCGCCACCAGUGCAAGGUGCUUUCAGGGAAGCUAUAAGUGACUUCACUUUCAAUGGGUUCUCCAUUCCAAAAGGCUGGAAAAUAUUGUGGAGCCCUAACUCAACGCAUAGAAAUCCGGAAAACUUCAUCCAACCGGAGAAAUUUGACCCGAGUAGAUUCGAAAGAGAAGGGGCAGCUCCUUUCACAUUUGUUCCCUUUGGUGGAGGCCCUAGGAUGUGCCCUGGAAGAGAAUAUGCUCGUUUGGAGAUACUUGUUUUCAUUCACAAUUUGGUGAAAAGAUUCAAGUGGGAGAAAGUUUUUCCCCAUGAAAAAUUUAUGAUUGAUUUUCCAAUGCCAGUGCCAGAAAAGGGCCUUCCAGUUCGCCUUUAUCCUCACAAAGCAUGAAUUGGAUGAAAUUUAUUAUAAUAAAGGAAAUGGAUGUACGUUUAGUCGGUGAAGAUUGUGUGUUUGAAACAAACUAGCGUUAGAAGUCCAUACGUUUAUGUAGAGGAAUGUGAAGCAAGCAUGAGGAGGUAAUCAAGGAAGCACAAAACAAGCAAGCUAAUAGAAGAAGUGGCUUCUUCCUAUUUCUCAAUUAUUGUUGACAAUAGAGUAAUAAACUUGCAUACAAAUUUGCAUACUACGAA